UCAUAUGAUCUCAGUGACUCAACUUGAACGGCACCUCAUAUAAACACUCCCGUUUCGCUCUUUUCUGGGUUGAUUUUUGCAACUGAAACUCUGUCACCAUGCCGCUCUGUGGAGGACUCGCUGAUGUAAAGGAACCCGACGAAAGCAUCCACCAAAUCUGUGCUCAGAUGAAGCCUCAUGCAGAGGUAAAAGCAGGGAAGAACUUUGGUGCUUUCGUCGCCAAGAGCUACAGGUCACAGUUGGUGGCCGGGACCAACUACUUCAUCAAGGUUCAUGUGGGAGGAGACGAAUAUGUUCACAUCCGUGUUUUCAAGCAGCUGCCGUGCAAUGGAGGAGACCUUGAGCUGAGUGAUAUGCAGCACAACAAAACCCAGCACGACCCUAUCGAGCACUUUUAAUGGCAUCACGAAACAAGCAAAGCAUCAGUGCCUCCAAGCUCAUUGUAAUCCUGACUCUUUUUACAAAACAAUGCAGUUCCUGUUGCUUACAUGUAGUGCUGUAGCUCAUGAUAAAACACAGUUGUCCAAGUGGAACUAUUUUAUACGAAAUGUAUGAGUAAAUUUAAAAAAAUCAAAAACAA